AUGAUUUUCAAAAGUAUUUCUUGCGCUCUUUUCCUUGGAGUACUCGUUUUCUCCAACUCGGCCAGUGCCACCUAUGAAGCUUUUGCUGCGCCGGCCGCUCAAGCCUUAGAGAUCAUUGCCGGUCUGACCCAGGAGUUCAAAGUGUUGGUCACCAACACGGCCACAGCGUCGAUCUUUCUGAAGUGUGCAUCGGCCGACGAUGCGAUUACGGGAGAUGGGUCGGACUCGGACGAUUGGUGGACAUUGCAACCGGGAGAUGCCCUCGGAUGGAACUUCGGCUCGAGUGCUGGUGGGCGAACGUGUUUCUGGUGUUACGCGAAUUCGAACGAUCAAGCGGCUCGCGACUCGGGCAACUGGUAUAUUCAUCAGAACGUAUGGGGAUUGAACAAUUUUGAUGACUGCCCCGGUACCCCGGGCCAAACAAACGAGUUCACCUAUUGGGAGAUUCGUAAUGAUGGAGCCUACGCUGAUGAUGGAGAUGGUGAUGGAAUGAAGAAAUACUCCGACUGGGGCGCUCCACCAAGC